AUGAGUUGGGGAAACUUCGAGUUUGGCGGAAACGCCCCAGUGGCCAACAAUCCGAGAAAGAGAAAACCAUCAGACGACCAACCCAACUUCCCCUCUGCAUUGCCCAAUACUAGCAAUACCAACUCGCCCCUCUCAUCAAUGGCAAAUUAUGUCACAUUGAACACACCAACAAAGAGGUUCAAAACUGCCUCCUUGGCCGCAGAGAGCUCACAGCAACUACUCAUAUCUCCACGUCCACCCACCCCGCCCAUAACUAGACCUCCCGCUAUAGAUAGGGUACUAGAUACGCUGGACAAGUCUCAAAUAAUCACCAUACUGACCACUUUGAUUCAACAACACCCGACGCUAUCUUCUACUAUAGCCCAAAUGCUACCUCGACCUACUCUAAAGACCGUAUCUACCGUCUUGUCUGGACUGGAAAAGAAAUUGAACGACUCCUUCCCCUUCAACAAGUGGGGUCCAGACCGUAGUGACUACUCCUUCAACCGUGUCAGACCAAUCCUCAUCGAAGUAAAAGACGCAAUCAUGCACUAUAUGCCGUACUUUAUAGAACCAAUCAGCUAUACUCGUGAAAUGGCCCAUGAAUAUCCCGAUCACGCAUUUGGAUUCUUGCAAAUGGCCACUACUCUAGCUCAUCGAUUACCAUUAUGGCAAAACGCUUCUCACAAUGAUGAAACUCGUGGUGACUUGUAUAUAGUAUUAGGACGAGGCUGGAAUACUACUUGUACCGAACUCGUAAGACGUGUCAAAGAGGAGGGUAAAAUGUACACUACAUCGAUGGUGGCUGAAUGGGGUCAAAAUCUAUUGACUCAUGCUGAACAUGUCGGAGGCAGAUUCGGAUUUGCAGAAGCUGUAGAUACUUUCAGGGCUAGCUGUGGUUGGAUGACUCCAGAAUCCGUUGGUGGUCUAGUAUCUGGUGGCGCAACUAGUAGUAACAAUAAUACUCAACCCUACGCUUGGAUGGCAUCUGGUUACUCGACCGUCAAUAAUCCACCACUUCAUCAUCCACUUCCAUCUCUUCAACGUGAAUAUCGCUAG